GACUUCUCUCGAGCACCGAGGAACCUGCCGCUCGGCGGGACGCGGAAAAGUCCGCCCAUACACCGAGAUUCGCAUCGCGCGCAUCCGGCCGUACGCUUGCCCAUCGCCGCGAAGCCACGCCUGGCCGACGCGCCGCCCCACGCAACCGGGAGAAGAGAAGACAACGCGCUCGCCGCUCCCCUCCCCGCGUCGGAGUUACUCCACUUCUUUAUCCGGAAGGAGGGAGGGUGGUCGGUGCGCGUCCGUAGCGCGUGCUCGCCGGUAUUAAUACCCCAGUGCCCACUGCAACCUCCACCCAUCCCACCACAUUCAAGUCGAAGAAGCUCCUCGAUCUCCAUCACUACAACCAGCCACUUGAGCUCUGAAUCUUUGAAGCUCAGCCAGCUCGCCGCGACCGCCGAGAGCCUCAAGUCUUGGGCCAUGUCGAGCGCCGGCCAGAAGCAGCAGCAGCAGCAGGCGAAGAAGCCGGCGGCGGCGGAGGACAUCGAGAUCAAGAAGGUCUUCUCCCGCUUCGACACGGACGGCGACGGCCGGAUCUCGCCGUCCGAGCUGGCGGCCGUGUCGCGCGCCAUCGCGCCCCCGGCCACCGAGUCCGCGCAGGGCCGCGAGGUGGCGUCCAUGAUGGACGAGCUCGACACCGACCGCGACGGCUACGUGGACCUCGGCGAGUUCGCCGCCUUCCACGGCCGCGGCCGCGGGGAGCGCGAGCUGGACGCGGAGCUGCGCGACGCCUUCGACAUCUACGACAUCAACGGCGACGGCCGCAUCUCCGUCGCCGAGCUCAGCAAGGUCCUCGCCCGCAUCGGCGAGGGAUGCAGCACCGAGGAGUGCGAGAAGAUGAUCGCCUCCGUCGACGUUGACGGCGACGGCUGCGUCGGCUUCGACGAGUUCAAGAAGAUGAUGACCGCCGGUGACGCCGGCGCGCCACCUCAACCCGAAGCGACCGCCGUGCCUGACAGCAACAAACCCAAGAAGGAGUGAUCCGUUAUUGUAAAUUGUUGUAAUUGCAGUACCUGUUGGGCAUAGUGUUCUGGUCUGAACUCCGAAGAAGGUAAAAAUUGGGAAUAAGGAUCAAUGUGCAAUUGCCACUGUUGUGCUGUACCUCUACGGUAACAGUUGUGUGUGCACGGUAGUAGUACUAGUACUGGAUAUUUUCUCCGAGUGUGGGCAUCCUGUUAUUUCAUUUUCACAUGAGAAUGGAUUUAUCAGUUCGGUCAGUGCGAUGUUGAUGUUCAAGGGUGAUACCCAAUGCAUCGUCAACAUUAUUUAUAUUGGCACUAGACAAUGCAUGUAUUGUUAUUUUCAAGAUGUUGAAUAUUUUUAAGCAUAUGCUUUUAAAUGA